AUGUACACCCCCAUUAAGUGCAAGGCUUCAGUUUUUGAUGUCGAGUUUCACCCAAAGCUGGACUUACUAUGUGCUGGUUUGUUUGAUGGGAAUUUAAUAUUAUAUAAAUUGAAAAAAGAUGUAAAACAAAAUGAAGAACAAGAUGUAGAACAUAAUGAAGAUGAAAAAAAAAAAUUUGAAAAAAUAUGGCACAUAUAUAAUCAUGAAAAAACAAUUAGGUGUGUUUCAUUUUCCAAAAAAGGGAAAACAAUUUUAUCAGCAUCCUCAGAUAAUAAAUGUGCAUUAACAGAUAUUACAGGAAAAGUUAUAUGGACCAAUACAUGCCAUAAUAAUUUAAUUAGUUCUAUUUUAUUUACUAGUUUAAAUACCUUCUUAACAGCUGAUGAAAUAGGAGUUAUAAAACACUGGGAUGUGAGAGAUAAAUCAAAAAAACCCAUACAUAAAAUAAAAGUGUAUGAUGAUAUUAUUUCAAGUAUGCUUUUAGAUCAUAAUGAAAAAUCAAUUAUUGUAUCAUCAGGAGGUCAUUUAUCCCAUUUUGAUAUAUUAUAUAAAAAAGAAAUUACUUCUCAUACCAUAUCAAUAGAAUAUAAGGAUGAUUUAUUAUGUUCUCAACUUAUUGCACAUAAUUCAAAAAUAGUAUGUACAACUAUUAAUGGAGAUAUUAUUAUUUUUUCUAAAGAACCAUGGGGAAACAUAGAUGGAAAAAUUAAAGCUAGUAAAGAAAUGAUAAAUACUUUUGUUAAACUGGAUGAAUAUAUUAUUUUAUUUGGUACAUACGACGGAUUAAUAAAAGCUGCACAUUUUCAUCCAAAUAAAGUGGGUGAUAUUAUUGCAAGACAUGAUGCUGCGGAAGGUAUUGAAAAAUUAACUAUUAAUAAAAAAAAAAAUAUAUUAGCAAGCAUUUCACAUGACUAUUCCAUCAACUUUUAUCCCAUUCGAAUGAACAGUUCAUAUAUAUCAGGAAAAUCCAAAAAAAAAAAAAAGCCCUUCUUUCGAGACCUAUGA